AUGCGCCUCACCUCCUUACCUUACACCCAAGGGCACCUGUCCGUACAAAGGAAACUGAAAUUCCAACGUCCGUUGCCUCUGCAACUCAACCCCAGCCAACCGUCGCCUCACCGGUCUGACGCUAAUCCACCUGUUACUUCUUCGCCUGCACUCAUCUCUGUGCACCAUGUUUUUGGUUUCGGUGCCUCGUGGCCGUCGUCGUCACGUCUGUCCGGAGCCAGCCCAGGUGCGGAAUGGUUGGUGUCAGAGCCACUGGUGACGGGUGACAAUCGGCGGCACAGCUCGACCAAAUGGCUCGAGUAUGUUUCCAAAAUGGCCCGUCUGACGGUAAUACGGCAUUCUGCGAUCCCUUCAACCAUCCGGUCCUUGGCAAUCGGAUAG